CUAGGUCGCGCGAUAUACCCGAAGAAGACAAGACGAUCAUCGCGAGGUCAAAACUGGGGUUUCGUGGUCCGUGCCGAUCGGUAAAUGAGAGAGACUUUUCGAAGGGAGUACGGGUGGAGAGUGUGUUUUGGAACUAACUUAGCGGGUAUUGACUGAAAAUUUGUUUUGUUUUAUCGAUCGAGAAAAAAAAAUGGAAAAUUUACUGUGAUUAAUGAUAUUGUGACGGAUUUAUGAAGAUAACGAAGUUAGACUGUCUUUUUUUGUUGUUUUUAAUGACUGAGUUGAGUUUUCUGCGAGAUGAAUUGUGCGUAUUCGUAUCAGGUACAGGCCACGUCGCCUCAGGAAGCUACAGGAGCUGAUUUCUUGGAGGAGCACCCCAGCUUGAGGGGCACCCCCCUCGCAAUGCUGGCCGCCCAGUGCAACAAGCUCAGCAACAAAUCCCCACCACCCCUCGCCGAUGCCGCAGUGGGCAAGGGAUUUCACCCUUGGAAGAAAUCACCUCAAGGAGCUCCAUCACCCGGCAGUCCAUGCGUCUCUUCAGCUGCCAGCUCCCUGAGCGGACAGAGGUCUUCUUCAGGCUCCAAUCCUACUUACUCUAGAUCUGUGAUGACUUCAUGUUCAUCGGUACCCACGACAGCAUCGUAUGGCAGUGAUCUGUACUUUCCUGGAGCAACUACGCAGCCUUCUGUAGCAGAUAACGUGCAUCAUCAUCAAAGUUCGUUACUUGGGAAGGUUGAAAGUGCUGCUACAGCACACCAUGCUGCUUUGGGAUCGGUAUACUCCAGGCAUCCUUACGAGAGUUGGCCUUUUAACACUAUGUCUAGUGCGACUCAUGGUGGGAUUAAAACUGACUCAGUUGCAGCUGCUAAUACUUGGUGGGACGUACACUCAACGACGGGGAGUUGGUUAGAGAUGAGCGGAGCAGCUGGGAUGCAUGCCCAGAUGGCUGCAGCAAACUAUACUUCAGAUUAUUCAAGUUUAACACACUCUUUAGCCGCUUCAAACCAUUUACUAUCAUCAGGCCAACACUUAUUACAGGACACCUACAAAUCCAUGCUCCCAGGAGCUCAAUCAGUCGGAGCGUCGUUUGGACUUCACGCAGCUAGUUCUACACCUUCACCUACAGGUGGUGCUGGAGGUUUACCUCCUCAAGUACCGUCACCCAGAUCACAAAGAAGGUAUACGGGCAGAGCUACCUGUGAUUGCCCAAACUGUCAGGAAGCUGAAAGAUUAGGACCUGCAGGAGUGCACUUGAGGAAGAAAAAUAUACAUAGUUGUCAUAUUCCAGGUUGUGGUAAAGUUUAUGGCAAAACCUCACAUCUUAAAGCACAUCUCAGGUGGCACACAGGCGAACGACCUUUUGUAUGUAACUGGCUGUUUUGUGGUAAAAGAUUCACACGUUCAGAUGAACUCCAGAGGCAUCUGAGAACUCAUACCGGUGAAAAAAGGUUUGCCUGUCCCGUCUGUAACAAGAGAUUCAUGCGGUCUGACCACCUAGCCAAACACGUGAAGACUCACAACGGAAAUGGAAAGAAAGGUAGUUCAGACUCUUGUAGUGAUUCAGAAGAGAACAGUCAGAGUGAUAUGACUAACAACGUGAACUCGCCGGCUUCGAUGAACCAGACGCCACCCCCUUCGCAGUCUUUAGGUGGUUUGGAUAUGGUAGCGGGGCUGGACGUGAAGCCGCCAGGGUUGGUUUGAGCCAGGUGGGGCCCUGCGAUACUGUACUCAGGUUAUCCGCGCUGAGAAGGCCCCCUAGUGAUAUCUACAAGAACUUGUAUCAUACUGUAUAUAGAUAAAUUAAGUAAUGUUCCGACCAUGAGUCUGGAGGAAAGACUUAUUACAAGCAGGUGGAAUGAGAGGCCCAAUGAUGUAACAUACUGUAUAUAAACGGAUGAAAAAAGAAACAAACUAGAGAAUAUUAAGUAUUUAUCUAGUUCUGUGUGGACUGUAUUUGUGAUAUUGCCGUGUUUAUAGCAGAUGACUGAUUUGCGGACUGAACAAUCACUUACUGAACUUAUUGAUGUAAAUAUUAUAAAUAUUUGAAUGUUUAGAUGUCUCAGACACAAAAGGUGAAGGAGAAGCGCGUGUGAAACCUCUUCUCUGUGGUCAUUUUUCUGUAAGAAAGCUAACUCAAUGUUAAACAAGUUGUUUUGUAGGUUUAUAUUAUCAGUGUAAAGUUUUAUUAUAAAAUAUUUUUAUUUUUUUUAUAAGUUUAAUAUAUCUUAUUCUAAUGA